AUGCAAACCAAAGAAGAGUGUGUCUUGACAUUGGUUUCAAAAGUGCUGGAUUUGCAAAAUGAUCGGAUUUUAGCUUACAAGCAAUUUGAGAGUUCGUUUAAAUCGUUUAAAGCAAAUCCGAACGAUAAGAUUGAAAUUCUUAAAUAUCAACGAGUGGUUGAAACCACGACACAGGAAUUCCAGGAAAUUUCGACAAACAUAAGAGGUGUGCAACAACAAUUGAAAGAUUUGGGACAAGAUAAAUUCUCCACAAUGAUCGAUAAUUUACAAAAUUUGGAAAGAGACAAACUACAAACUACAAUCUCCAUUCAAAAAAUAGAACUAUCCUGUGAUGAAGAAAAGAAGAAAUUGGAAUGUGAUCACGAUGAAAAAACGUGUCAACACACUCAUCACAGUGACGAAGAAGAAUUGGGAGGAGCCAAACUUCUCAUGCUUCAAAACGACUUGAAAAAGUUUAAACAAUAUCAUGCAGAAUUGAUAAACUCAAUUAACGAAAUAUUGGAGGAAUUUAAAUACGAUAUCGAGGACUUGAAAUCAAUAGUGCAAGAUCAAAAAGAAAUGAAAGUUGAUGUACAAUCAGAGUCAGGUGGAAUUUUUAUGUAG